GCGAGAGCGAGACCCAAAUGAAUGAAAGGCUCCCCGGCGCCCGGGCAGCGUCCGGGAGACUCUCCUCCCAUCACGCCCCUUCGAUGCUGGGAUCAAAAACGGCGACCUUUCCCAGUGGAAAGUGAGCUGAAUCACAGGUUCCCAGAUGUUCUAACAGAAGUCUCUCUUUGGAGAGCAGCUUCUGAUUGCUUCUCUCUGUUUGAUAUCUACAGAAAGGUGCCAAAGGACCUUACUCAGCCAACCUUUACAGGAGCAAUUAUCUCUGUUUGCUGCUGUUUCUUCAUAUUGUUUCUAUUCCUGUCUGAGCUUACUGGAUUCAUAGCCACUGAAAUUGUGAAUGAACUUUAUGUGGAUGAUCCAGACAAAGAUAGCGGGGGCAAAAUAGAAGUAAAUUUGAACAUCAGCUUGCCAAGCCUGCACUGUGAAUUGAUUGGAUUAGAUAUUCAAGAUGAAAUGGGAAGACAUGAAGUUGGCCACAUUGAUAACUCAAUGAAAAUUCCUCUGAAUAAUGGCGAUGGGUGCAGAUUUGAGGGUCAUUUCAGCAUCAAUAAGGUUCCAGGGAAUUUUCAUGUAUCAACACAUAGUGCCACUGCACAGCCUCAGAAUCCUGAUAUGACACAUGUCAUCCACAAACUCUCCUUUGGUGACAAGCUGCAGGUCCACAACAUUCAUGGAGCAUUCAAUGCACUGGAGGGAACAAACAAACUCAGUUCAAAUCCCCUUGCUUCUCAUGAUUAUAUACUGAAGAUUGUUCCUACUGUGUAUGAAGACAUGAGCGGCAAACAGCGGUACUCAUACCAAUAUACUGUAGCCAAUAAGGAAUAUGUAGCAUAUAGUCACACAGGACGCAUUAUUCCAGCCAUUUGGUUUCGAUAUGAUUUGAGCCCUAUUACAGUGAAGUACACAGAAAGGCGACAGCCUUUGUACAGAUUUAUCACAACGAUUUGUGCCAUCAUUGGUGGAACAUUUACUGUGGCUGGGAUUCUUGACUCCUGCAUUUUUACAGCCUCUGAAGCCUGGAAAAAGAUCCAACUAGGAAAGAUGCAGUAACAAAGCAAUCUUCAGCCUAGUCUUGUGAGAAGAAGCAUAGAAGAAAGAGCCCACGGCUAUCGAUUUUUCUUCGUAUCAUUUCAGUUGACAAAUGUCACACAAGCCGCUGGAAAAAUAAGGCUGCAGAAACAAAUAAACCUCCCAAACAACCAAUCAUAGUCUUUGAAAAUUAGCAUCAUUUGCAAGGGAACGUGGUUUUAUAUGUACCAUUCUCAUUCAAUGUUUUUGGGGUUUAUUGUCAUUUAUGUAUUACAAUUAGAUCUGACAGAUUGGUAUAAUUAUGUUUUAAAAUCUCAAAAGGCAACUUCGGGCAAGAUUUUAAUUAUGUAACUCAGAUUUUAUCCAAGAAUUAUAGAACUGAACAAUCAUACAGUACAAGUACUCCUUGACUUAUAGCCAGUCGUUUAGCAACUGCUUGAAGUUACAACAGACCUACCUUGGGACUACUUAUGACCCAUAUUCAAAGUUCCAGUGAUAGAUUUUCCCCCUGCAGUCACGUGACUAGACUUUGAGCGCUUGCUGACAUGGCCACGUUUGCAGCCAUUUGUGGCAUCCACGGUCACGUGACUGAAUUUAUGAUGAUUUGGCCAAAACCUGGAGUUACUUUCAAUUUUUGGCAAAACUGCAUUAAUAGUGAACCAUUGGUUUGUUUAAUGACCGUGGUGUUCUCUUAAUGACCUCAGUGGCCGCUUUAUGACCAUAUCAUUUGUUUUACAACUCAUGAUUUAUGGUCUUGAUGACUAGGCUCCAUUAUGAUCGUAACUUGAAGGACCAGCUGUACUGAACAAUAAUAUUGAUUUCAGUAACAUUUUGUUUUGUUAAAAAAACUAGCCCAGAUAUUCAGAACAGUCUAUUGAUCUUUUUGCAUUAUGUAUUUUUCAGAUGAACAGAAACCAAGAACCUAUGAUCUUGUUAUCUUUUUGGCAGCUGAGAAACAUUUCCUGGGUGAACAUUUAAACGGUUUAAUCUUCCUGGGAUUUGAUUCUCUAGCCCAGUUAGCCGAAAGAUGACAGUAAUUCUUUUAUUCUUCUGGAAGGUUAAAAUAUUUUUACUUAAUUUCCAACAACAUUUGAUCAUUUGAUAGAUAGAAGUAGCCUAAAAAAAUAGAAACAAUUAGAAAAAAUGAAGGAGUAUAAAUAAGUCUCAUUUGUAAAUAAGGCAGAUUAUGUUUUUGUAUUUGUGAGACUUCUCUUCUUACUUUUUGAAUGAUACAGAUCAUUCAGCUGUCCAGAUCAAAAAAAAUAAUUUAAAGGAAAAGCAAUGAAGACAAUACUUGGUCGAUACUCCAAUGGGGUAGAAGAGUAUCAUAUUUAAAAAGAGGAGUAUCUUCCAUAAAUACUGGAAAUAUAGUAAGUUAUCUAUCUUCAGGAAGUUAUUGGACAAUAACCUGCUCAUCUUUAAAAUGUUAAUUUCCAAGCAUUUGCCAAACUGGUAGCCUUAAAGGCAAGAACCUAGUUUAAUGAUUCUUAAAAGCUAGGUACCACGCUGUAUAAAAGGAAACUCAUUUUGUGUGUGAACAUUUUCUUUUGUAUCUGUUCUGAGUAUAAAAUAAUUGUUUAUUUCAUUCUGCAAGUGAAUGUGGGGACAAAGUGAUAAGGCAAAUAUCAUGCAAGUUAAUACUUUUUUAUAUGGUGUUGGCAUUGAUUUAUAGGGGCUUUCAAUAGAACCCACCAGUUUUCAUAACGACAACUCUUUUGAUAUACAGUAUGA